AUGGUGUAUUUUUAUCUCAUUGAAGUUCUUCUGACGAUCACAUUAUUUGCGACUAAAGCAAAUGGAUUCAAUGUAUACCCCAGUCCAUACGAUUGUGGACCUUACGGAUUCACGUGUGAGAGAAAUAACCAAAUAAAAUUAUGUACGGACUCUAAACCAACAGGCCCUACAUUUCUCUGUCCGCGGGGAACAUUUUGCAACGAGGAGUCAACCGCCGUUUGCGAGGAUGCGAUCUCACACUUAGAUCCGACGUUAACAAACCGAAUACGAUGUCAACGCAAUGAAAGAAUUGCCAACCCAAGCGUUCCCGGCUGUAAAGCUUACAUCCUUUGUGUAUCCAAAGGCGAUCGGUUACAGGCUCUCAAUUUUAGAUGCUCGGGAAAUACACUAUUCAAUGGUAUAACACGGACUUGUACUUCUCCAAGCAAAUACAAAUGUCCUUUAGGAAAUAAUACCAAACCUACCCCGGAUUUAUUCCAUAGUACUAAUACCGUUAGAGAUCAAUUUAAAUUCUCAGGCACCAAACUUUUGGAUCAAGGUCUUCCAUCUAUAGAAUGUAAGAACUAUAAAUUCCGAUUGACGCAAGACAAUGUUGCUAACCAAGUCACUUACUUCUGUCCUGCACUUCCUCCUAGAGGACACGAGACGAUACGGUGUACGAUAUUCUCUAAUCAUUUCUGUAUCACAUUGGAUAAAGAUAAUGAAGAUCAAUAUUUACUGGAUAACACACCAAACCGCAGACCACGAAUAAAAGAUGAAAGAAUUUAA